GAGAAAAGACUCCACUCAGGACGUUGGCAGUGUAUGCCAGUCAAUCGCUGCCACAGACUUUAUCUCCUCCUGUCUCCGGAUGUCCUCUCGUAGAGCUGAGAUGACCUCUUCUGCUUUUGGACAGUCUGCUCCUCUCAUCCCAAACCUGGAGACCGGGAUGGGGAAGUCUGCAGCCAUGCUGGGGUUGUCUGCCGGUUUGGGGGGAGCAGAAAUGGAGCUGCAAAAAAUGCUAAUCGAUGAGAGGAUGAAGUGUGAAAACCACAGGACCAACUACCAGACUCUAAAAGCAGAACAUGCCAGCUUGCAGGAUGAGUUCACAAGGGCGCAGGGGGAACUGAAGCGCCUGCUGAGCGACAGACAGGCUCAGCAGGAGAAACUGCAGCUGCUGUUGGCCGAGCUGCGAGGAGAGCUGCUGGACAAAACCAGGGAGAUGGAGGAGCUUCGGCUGCAGGUGAUGACCCCUCAGCGGCUGGAGUUGCUCAGAGCUCAGGUGCAGCAGGAGAUGGAGGCUCCAGUCAGAGAGCGCUUCAACAAGCUGGAGGAGGAGACGGAGAAGUACAGAUCAGAGUACAACAAGCUGAGGUAUGAGUACACCUUCCUCAAGUCCCAGUUUGACCACCAGAGGGAAGAACACGCUCGUAUACUGGAGGAGCGGAGGAUACGCUACCAUGCAGAGAUCUCUCAUCUGGAGAAGGAUAGGGAGGACCUGGUGGCUCAGUACCAGGGUUCAGACUCACUGCGCGACGGGAGACGAGUGGAGGCUCUGCUGAGGGAGAAAGCUCAGCUCCACCUGCGGCUGAAGGGUCUGGAGGCGGAGGUGGCCGAACUCCGAGCCCAGAAAGAAGACUCGGGCCAGCAGGCUGAGAACGUCCAGCGCAUCCAGAUCCGACAGCUCACAGAGUCUCAGGCUGCUGUGAAGUCGCUGGAGGCGGAGCGUCAAUCUCUGCGUCUCCAGCUGGAGCGGAUGGACAGCGAGCUUCAUCAGAGCCACGAGCAGAACAGCCAGCUCACCGGACGACUGCACAAAGCCGAGAGAGAAGUCAACUCCCUCACCUGCCAGAUUGAAAGCCUGAAGCACUCCCACAAACUAGAGGUGGCCAGCAUCAAACUGGAGUGCGCCCGCUCUAAAGGGGAAGUGGAACGGGACAGAGAUACACUGCAGGGGCAGAUUGACGGUCUGCAGGCAGACGUGGAGGUGUUUAAGGCGGCGGUGGAGCGACACAAAGAAAUCCUGGUGGAGAAAGAGAGGGAGAUGGUGAGGAAGGUGCAGUCCACUCACGAUGAGGAGUUCCGCAAAACUGCAGCUUUGCACGAAGAGAAGUUAGAAUUGGAGAACCGUCUGGCGGCGAUGGAACAGCAGAGAGCUCUGCAGGACGCCACCGACCACUCCCAGAAAGAGGAGUGGGAGGAGCGCAUCCGUAACGCCCAACAAGGCGAGGAGACAGCUCGCAGAGAACUACAGAGCCUGAGAACCAAACUACAGCAACAAAGCUCACAGCUGGAGGAGCUUGAGAGACAGAAAACAGAAAUUGGUGACCUACAGCAGCAAAACAAGGACCUGGGUGUCCAGUUGGGGACGCUGUCUCAGUCUGAAAGUGACCUGAUGGAGACAAACCAGCGCCUGAGAGAGACACUGGACAGAGUGAGGGAGGAGCUGAGGAUGGCUCGAGCUCAGACCGAGAGGAGCCAACACGAGGCUGAGAGGCUGACGGAGGACCGGCGUGUUGAGUGGUUGGAGGAGAAACACAAGCUGCAGGAGAGGGAAGCAGAGCUGCAGCAGAAGUACUCUCAGGUCAAAGAGAAACUGCAGAGGGCAGCUGUGGCCCAGAAGAAGAGGAAAACACAGACCGAGAACAAAGAGAAGAGACUGCAGGAUAAAAUGCAGUUGCUGGAGGCCAAGAUAGAAGAGUUGGAACUGGAAGCCGUCACAGCCAAGAAACGUACAUCCCACUCAGAGGAACAGCCUCAGUUCAACAGGCGGUUGAAGGAGCUGCAGCGGCGACACAACGAGUUUCGGCGCCUCCUGCUGGGUGGUCAGAGUGCCCUCAGUGCGGCCCCCGCCUUUCUCACCUCCUCGCCCAGCCCCUUCCUCCUCAUCGGGUCUGAGGGGCCGUUAUCCAACAUACCGGAGGAGCAGCAUCAGAGGGAGCUGUCUCUGUUGCGUCGGAGGCUGGAGGACCUGGAGAGCGCCCAGCAGCAGCAGCUGGAGGAACUGGGGUCUCUGGUGCACAGGGAUCGGGACCUCACUCCCCAGCCUGACCUUUGACACCCAAAUUGCUUUACAUUAGACUUUAAGUUGACU